GAUUAUCUCGUGCAAGGCCAGGCGGAGCUUAAUAGUCGUUCGCAAAUCUUAAUAUUCCACUCGGAAGGCCAUAAGUGGUAGAUCAAGGUGACUUUCAAAGGGGGAUUCUGAGCUCUGUGGACAGACCGGUGUCAAAUAAGACCCCAAAGCGGCAGAGACGCAAAGAGUAUCAGGACUUUAUCAGGCUGAUAGACCUCAGGUCUCUCCCUCUUCUUAACGACACGGUCAGUGAAGUGGUCUUAGAAGAGUACACCGAUGAACGUGACUCCAUGUUGAAAAUAACAUAAUACCUGAAGAGCUCGCUCUUGGCCCUUUGCAUAAUUCUCUGGGAGACAGAUACACGAUCCGAGAGGAUCUUCCAAGGGUUAUCUACUCCUUCAUGCCGUGAAUUCCUUCUCUUCGGCAGAUCAGUAAGGCCAAGUUAUUAGAACAGUCAGAGAUUACGGACGGAGUCUCUCACGUCGUGGAUUGUCAAUGAUAGGACACCAUACAUUCUCAAGGUUAGUUAACCGACCUCUAUACCAGGCCCACGACACAGAAACUAUUCGCAAUGAGUUGAAAGAUCUCGAAUACUUUCGAGGAGAACCGAACAUUUGCUCAAUUGGCUGGUAUCGCAGUGGCCACGAAUCCGUAUACAACAUCAAGUGCAACAGAACAACCUCCGUUAUCUUUGGCAUUCUAUCAGUAUUCUACCCUGGAGGAUCCUUACAAAAUCUAUUAGAUAAGGAUCGCGUGAGGGAACAUUCCUGGGAAAGCUGGACUAUACAGAUAGCUACUGCAAUAAGCUACUUGCACAAGGCAGGAAUAAUACACAUGAACAUUAAACCCUCGAAUGUUGUCCUCGACGCAGACGGGAACGCAGUGCUGAUUGAUAUCAGUGGUGUUGGUAGAAUUACACACAUGUGGCUUGCUCCGGAGAUCCGAAAAGAGAUAUCACCUGCCGGUCUUCCGUUUGAGGUGCGCCAGAGAAAUGACACUUGGGCUUAUGGCAAGCUAUUGUCUGAAAUCAUAUCACAUGCAGGGUUUUGUCCUUUUUUGGAGACUUUGAAUCACAUUGCUUCCUGUCUUACAGGGGAAGACACACAAACGCGCAUGGCUCUUCUAGAAGCUAUCUCCCAACUAAAGGAUGCUGGUGUCGACAGGGCAUUAUUAUAGUAUCUUUAGGGCUUUAGGGCAUUAUGCACACGGCCGAGAAGCCACCAGUGAGCGUAUCUCCUUGGCGAGACACAGUCUGGUGGAAACAGAUACCAAUA